UGUGGUAUGAUUUAUUUGUCGGUUUGUACGACUACCUCCUUGUUAUACAGAGCAGGUCUGAGGAAUAUUUAACUCUUAUGGAAUAUAUAUUAAUAUAGUGUGGACAUAAAUUAAUUUUGUGAAGAUUUUUUAUUUCACCUGUCUAAUACAGAAAUAAUGCAACCAGUUCUGUUUGUGAUAACAGCUUUUGUUAUCCAAAGGAUACAAGGAUAUGGAACAGGUGCCCCGCAAUCUAAAUGUGGAGAUAUGUUUCCGUUACACAGUAGAAUACAACCAGAAAAUGGCUUACCGCCAUACACACUGACAGCUAGUUCUUACACUUACAAACAAGGCGAUACAAUAACAGUAACACUUGCAUCACCGACUGGAGCGUCGUUUGCAGGUUACAUCCUAGGAGCUAAAGACCAAACAACUUUAAACAGUAAUCUUGGUAGAUUUACAAAUACAGCGACAGGCAGAACAUUAAGUUGUGGCACAUCGGGUGCUGGUGCUGUUACUCAUCAAAAUAGCCAGCCGGAGUAUCAACUACAGUUUCAAUGGCAGCCAACAGCUGACACUACUGGUAAUGUAGUUUUUAUAGCAACGGUUGUGGAAUCUUAUUCAACGUUUUGGCUGAACAUUGUUACUUCUACAAUUUAUCCAGAGGUACAAACUACGCAGGCAUCUGUGGUACAAACACCUAAGGUACCAGAAACGACAACACAACCGGUAACAGAAUCCUUUCAACCGACUACUAUCACUACUAGUACUACUAGAACUACUACCAUUAUGCAAACUACUAAAACUAGUAUAUUACCGGGAGAUACUAGUUCUCUGAAAUCCGAUUCUGAGUGUGGAGCUACGAAAGGAUGUUUUAUAGAUUGUACUGGUAACUCAUGUAACUAUAUUGUAACCUGGAGAGAUAAUGGUGAUGCAGUGGACUUUGAACUGUCAACAAAACUGCAAGACACAAACAAUAAAUGGAUUGCCAUUGCCUUUUCGAGUGACAUUAAGAUGGGUGGAGAUGAAGUAGUGGCCUGUUUUAAUGUUGGUGGUAGCACAGAUGUACAACGGAGCUAUAAUGACGGCAAAAUUAAUACUCAAGUUACAAAUCCGUCAGCUGGACUGUCAAAUACAGUGGUUACAGUUCAAGAUGGAAUGUUCAAAUGUAGUUUUCGAAAGAACAAGCGACUAUCAAGACGUAAAAGACAAACCACCAGUUCAUUGUUUGUGGACUUAGAUAACGACUAUAACUUAAUGUUUGGCACAGGACCGGCUUAUCCAGGAAACAAGAUAGGCAUGCAUUCAAUAAAUCCAGUUGUAACUCCUGGAAAAGUAGAUUUCCAGUCAUUUACCGUUAUAGGCGAUACAGCUAAAUAUCCAUUAGUAAAGAUUCAUGCAUGUUUGAUGAUUAUUUCUUGGAUAUUUUGUACUGGAGUAGCCAUUAUAGCUGCGAGGUAUUACAAACCUGUAUGGUCUAAAUCGUCAUUGUUUAACCAGAAAAUAUGGUUUCAGAUUCACAGAACAUUAAUGGUUACAGCAAUGACACUGACAAUUGUGGCAUUUAUUAUCAUUUUUGUCGAAGUUGGAGGUUAUAGUCAGGUAUCUGCAAGUCCAGGAAAGGAGUAUCUCCCAUCACAUCCAGUUUUAGGAAUUAUUGUAACCAUACUAUGCAUAUUAAAUCCAAUAAUGUCAUUUUUUCGUCCGGGACCAAAUGAUAAGACACGUCCAAUUUUCAACUGGGCUCACUGGGGAGUCGGAAUGUUAGCCCAGAUUUUAGCUAUUAUAACAAUAAUUUUUGGAGUAGACUUACAAAAGUCUACAGCACCAAAGUAUACAGUAUGGGUUGUUGUUGGUUUUGUUAUCUACUAUGUCAUUAUGGAGAUUACUCAGAAAGUAGUGGACAGAUUAGCAGAAAGAAAGACAGGCGAAGCACAAAUCGAUACAGUUGAAAUGAAACAAAAUGGUUCGCAAAAUGGGUCCUUUAAUGCUAAUCAGCCACCAGCUUAUAGUGAGGACAAUAAAAAUAAAAAGGAUACCUUGCUGAAGAAAUCAUUACUAGCUUUACAUGGUAUUUGUACAUUGGCUUUCACAUUUACACUGCUUUUACUGGUAUCCAUGUAUUAAAAGCAUUGGGAGAAUAUGAAACAAAUAUAACCACACUGUGUAUCAUCGAUAUAAGAAACAGCACCGAAUGUAGGAGUUGGUCCAUUAUCAUUUUUCCUUUCUCGUAAUAAUGAGAGAAAAUUCUCAUGGACAUGACAUGUUGUGACCUUGAAGCACUGUGACCUUUAAGCACAGACAAUACACACAUUUUCACCAAAUAAUGAAAUAAUGCAAUUCAUAUUAGUAUUGUAGCGACUUGUGUUGUGUAAAUUGAAAAUAACACUUUAUUAUGAAUUCAUACAAAAGUAGAAAUCUUUCGUUUUGGUUUUAUUCUCAAUUCCGUCAGAACAACACUGUAAUAACAUUUGUUUUACUCAUUUUAUCUUUUGUCAGAAAUUUGUUUAGAAUCUAAAAAAAAUCAUAUAAGAACAUUUUUACUAGAUUGAUAAUAACUUUAACUGCUAUACCCUCCUCCCCCCAAUUAAAAAAAUAAGGAUAUAACUACAUACAUCAAUAUAUUCUCCAGUUUUAGUUAUGUGCAAUUACGACAUUUAAGCAAUUCACUGGAAGCGUCUAGUUUUGAAACUUUAGAAACUGAUGAAAGUCAAGUCUAAUCAAAUAAGAUACAUAUGCAAAUAAGUGCUGGAAGGAAUUGGUACAUUUGGAUUCUAGAAUACUGUCUCGUUUUUUGUUUGUGUUUUGUUUUAUGUGUGUGUUUUAUUGUGAAUAUUGUUAUUGAGGUCGAUAAGAUCGACUAACAAGAUCGGUCUUUUUCUGAAAUAGAUGUCCCAAUAAGACAGUUAAAGAGUACAUUAAAACACUUUUGUAUAAAAUUUAAUGCUUUACGUAUUAUAUAUACUUUUCUAAUGUUAUGUUUGGUUGUAUGUAUGUCUCUACAUUGAAAAAGCUUUACAUACGAUAAGUAAAUGAUUUAAGGCUGAACAAGAAACAUAUUUUUUUAUACCAAUCUGCUUUUGUGUGAUGCCUAUCGCCCACUAUGUUUUAUAAACGAGUUUAAACAGGAGUGUCACAAUUGAAGAAGGAACUUCUGACCUUUCCUGAGCACUUUAGUUAACACCAGCCUUUUAAUGGGGUUAGUGUAACUAAAUCUUUAGUUAUAAGUUUUGUGGUUCAUUGUGUGUCUUUUCGUAGUUUACUUUUUGUCAUGGCGUUGUCUAUUUUCUUCGGCUUAUAGAUUUUUAUUGCAUCUUUAGUAUCUUCUCCCAAUUUUUAUAGCUUUAAAGUGAAAAACAAAGAAAUUGAGUAAUGCACGAACUUGUUUAAAAUCCGUUCUAGUUAAAUUGCAUCAGUAUGUAUCAAAUGAGAUUGAUAAAAGGGUAUGCCAUGGAAAACCAAAUAAAUGCCUGUCUAUAUUACAUUUUUCAUUGCAGUUUUCUUUAUAUAUUCUUAAAAACAAUCUUUGUUAACAAAAAAUCAAUCGAAUACAUUAAUAACUUAAUGUAGUUAACAGGACAAUCGUAAAAAAUGAAUAAUGGAAAAAAUGCUAGUGUGCGACAAAUAAUUGGGCAAAGUAUAUGUAUUUUUUAAACCUGGUUUGAUUUUGCCACUUGAUAAAAGACUUUCCGUCUUGAAGUUUUUUUGUUAUUUUACUUUUUGUUAAGUACGCGAUGAGAUGUACACAUGCACGAAUACUGCUAUUUGGCUUAGAAUCAAGAAUAUUUUUUUUCUGUAGACUUUACAUCUCUAUUAUAUUUUACUUGAAUAUUAGUACAUUGAUAAACACUGUAAAAGAAAAUUCUAAUUUUGGUUUAUAUUCAUUAUUUCAAUCCUGAUUGUGGCUUUUCUUCCAGUCAGAUAUCUUAAGUAACAUUUCCAUAGCUAGCAGGGAUAUUGCUGUUUCAUUAAAUCGCUGGUUUAGCCGAUGAUAUAACAAGUUUGUACAUUGUAUCAUUUGUAAACAGAUGAGCAGGAAAGUUGAUGUAUGUUUCGCAUAUGAUAUAAAUGUGUUUUCCCUAUCAUAUUCCUACCAAUGCUUUGUUAAUAGGGUUACUGGCAUUAAAAGAAAUCUGAUCAAGUAAUAUGCGAGAAACAUACAAAUGACUACCUUCCUAGCAAUACCAACAACUAAAUCAAAAUGUAGUAUUAUGCCAGGAUUUUAUUGUUAUUUUUUGUUUUAACAUUAAAUAGUUAAUUUUGUAUUAUAGUAGUGCAUUAUUGAAUUACAAUCUGAGUUAAAAGUUGUAUCAUGUAUGUAUGUUUUCACGGUUCAUGUAGGUAUGUAUGUAUGUGUGUGUGUAUGUAUGUAUGUAUAGUAUGAUAUGGUAUGCAUGUAUGUAUGAAUAAUGUAGAACGUUUUAAUCAAAAUUUGUAAAUAGCGUUGAAAUGAUAGGUUAAAAAAUGACUAAAAUUGUAAUUUGUAUAGUGAUAGUUCGGUUCUUUGAGAUAAGAAUUUACUGACAGAAACUCUUGUUUAAUUUUGAAGCUAUGUUCGGAUAUAUGACAAUUACAUGUAUAUCAAUUUAGAUAUCAUUUCAAGUAUUCUUAAAUUUACUAAAUGCAUUUAGAUAUUUCUCAUAUAAAGCGUCCGUUAUUGGAUUACUAUAACUAUAAAGGCCUUUUUCGCAAUUGUUUCUUUUUGAUGAAACAACUUCACUAUUGUUGAUAAGAGUCAUGUCGAAAUCUAAAGAAGAAAUCGGAUAACGUUUGAUCCGGUCAAGUAGAUGUUUCAGAAAAUGUUUGACUGGAAAAUUACCUUUAGAGGUAAACUGUUAAUUCUGUUUUUAUCUUUGAUUUUUUUUAAAGGAUAUUGUUCAAAAUGAAAAGUUGUUUUACCGCAAUCAGUAUAUUACUCAUUCUUUCAUCAUUCAUGGGUGCACAGCAGUUCUUUCAGCCUUUAACACGUUUCUUAGAGUAAAAAAUAAAGGGUAAGAUGCAUACUACCGUUUGAUUGUUUGUAAAUGUCGAUUUCAUAUCAGUUGAGUCAAGAUGCAUUGUUACUGCCAUUGCAACCAAUAACCAAGAAAUGUAAAACAUUGUGCAUUGAAUUCUCUGUCGUAAGACAGACUGGUGAUACAGAUAUGAAAUUUACUGCAUUGUUAUUGUAAAACAGGGGAAAAUGUUGAAAUACACUGUAAAUUUAUAUUUUCAUUCGCCGUAAUUGUUGAUCGUGAUAUACAUAUGCUAGAAACAAUUGUCUUUGUAUUGCGUCUUUACUGUAGAUUACCAACGAAAUGCAGAUUAAAAACUAAUCUCUAUAGAUCUACAAAA